CUAUUCUCUCUCGGCCUUUUCUUUUUGUCUUCUUGCAGUUAUGCUGUAUGGCUCCCUUCGCACGACAAUAGAUUCUCGCUUCUUAGUGGCAUGCGAGCGUGCAUCUCAGGGUACGGGACGACGCGGUGUCGCUGGGUACAGAUUGAAGCGUACUGAUCUGCCAGGUUUUCUCAAGUGGGAAGUUAUACCUUGAUUGAUUGGCCUUUGGAAGAUUGGUCUGCUCAUUGUGACGACGGCUUAGGGCACGUUACACGUUACGUCACACGUCAGCACGUCGCACGUCGCACGUCGCCCGUCGCACGUCAACUCGUCAGAGCGCUGCGGUUUUCUCCGCCAGAUCGCAAUGGCAGCGGCGACGUUUAUUUCCGAAAUUGACUGCUUGUACUCGUGCGGCUACGGCACCUGCUCAAUGGAUUCCAUAGGCUUCUAUGCGUGCACGUGCGGUGCCGGCUUCGCUAUGCAGACCGUCCCUCCUCUGUGUGUCAUUUCCGGCUCGCCCUCCCACCAAGGAGGGGGUGGCUCUCCGUCCCCUUCACCCCCCAUCUCCUCCCCUGCUGCCAACUUUUCUCAGCCUUCCUCCAAUUUCUCCCAGCCCUCCGCCUCCUCCUCCUCUUCAGGCGCCUCAGCAGGGGUGAUCGCUGGCAUUGUGGCCGGCGUGGUGGUGCUGCUGCUGGCGGCAGUGGGGGGGGGACUCUACUUUUUCUACUUCAGGCGGAGGCAGCGGCGGAGGGAAGGGGCACCCCAGUGGGACUCUGGAAAGGCGCCGUAUCCUAAUGUGUAUGCGGCAGGAGGAGGCAUGUCUGCUGCUGCUGGUGCUACUGGCGCUGCUGGUGGUGCUGCUGGUGCUGGGGAUCCCUUGGCGUCUGGAAGGAGGGGAGGGUACGAGCAGGGGUAUGCGGGGAACUAUGGUGUUAAUGCAAGUGCGAGCUCUGGUAGUGGGAGUGGGAGUGUGGGGAGUGGUUACAUGGGAGGUGGUAACCUGGGGUAUGCGGCAGGAGCGGGGGGAGGAGCAGUGGGAGCAGCAUACGGGGCAGUAGGAGCGGGGCCGUUCAACUCUGGAGGGGGCGUUCACCCCAUGUACAUGGGAAGUGGAUACUUGGGGGGACAGCAGCAGCAGCAGCAGCAGCAGCAGCAGCAGCAGCAGCAGCAGCAGCAGCAGCAGCAGCAGCAGCAGCAGCAGCAGCAGCAGCAGCAGCAGCAGCAGCAGCAGGGGGGCUUCGACUACGCGCCUCAAGUGUGCCAGAGGUUCACAUACGCUGACAUGGCGCACGCCACCAACAACUGGGCUGAGAGCAACCGCAUUGGAAGUGGCGGCUUUGGCGACGUGUACCGGGGCGUGUGCCCUUACGACCACAACGUGCCGUGGGCCGUGAAGCGAGGGCGAGUCAUCACAAAGGACUUCCAACGAGAGGUGGCAGCAAUGGCAACGAAGCACCACCCGCAUCUGGUCCGCCUGUUAGGCUACUGCGUUGAUGUCGAUCCAGCAGCACAGGGCAGGGGCGAGGUGGCCAUGGAGCAGAUCGUGGUGUACGAGUUCAUGGCCAAUGGAGACCUGGAGCGGUGGGUUGGGGAGGGCGUGCCGCAGCCGCUCUCCAUGGCGCAGCGCCUCACCGUGCUCAUUGGGGCGGCGCACGGCAUCGAGUACCUGCAUGGCUUUGGCAUCGUGCACCGCGACAUCAAGCCCGCCAACAUUCUCAUAGAUCACAAGUUCGAGGCUAAGAUUGCAGACUUUGGGCUGCUGAGGGAGGGGGAGGGCACGACAGUUUGCGCCACUAGAGUGAUGGGCACACCGGGCUAUGUGGAUCCAGCUUACUUCAAGUCUAACAAGGCCACCCCCAUGGCUGAUGUAUACAGCUUUGGCAUUGUGAUGCUGACGGUGCUGACAGCACGCCAGUCAGUCAUUCCACAAGGCAAUGACAGCCAGCUGAACAUCCGGAAAUGGGCGGAAGACCUUCUCAAGGCAGGCAAGGCGUCCGAACUCAAGGAUCCCCGAUUGGACGCUCCGGCAGAUUUGAUUCUGCGGAUGGCGCAGCUGGCGCUGCGCUGCACUGCCAUGCCGACCGUGUCUCGUCCCGACAUGGUGCAGGUUGUAUCUGAGCUCUCAGCGCUCAGGAAGGAAUACCUGGGGGAGGCGCCACCCAGGAUGGCGGCUAGGAUAGACGAGGAGGUGGAGGAGCUUAGGGUUGGGGAUUUUAGUGCGGAAAUAAGGAUGGCUGAAAGGAUGGCGUUUCAGAAUAGCACCAGCGCAUUGAGUAUUCGAUAAAGGAGUUGGAAGUCAGGCAGUAGCAAAGAAAUACGCAUAGAAUGAAAGGAUGGAGUUUCAGAAUAGCACCCGGCGCAAUGAGCAUCCGGUAGAAAAAGGAGUUGCCUUAAGGCGGUAGGCAGCAGCACUCAGGAACGAAUACCUGGGGGAGGCGCUGCUGGUGAUGGGCAGGAAUAUCAGCUCCUAUGGUGUGGGCAGCUAUGUUGUGAAGUGAGCGGAAGAUGCAAGGAGGGGGAACUUUGCGAGAUAAAUUUGCUACUGUAGAGCACAUGGUGUUGACAGGGAGUGCUUGAAGCAUGUGAGAAUUGAUGAGGAGAUGGCUGCUGUGGAGUGGAUGGCGAUGGGUGGGAGUACCAGCAGAUACGAUGUCAAGCGAGUAGAGUAG